GAAAUGGUAAAAGGUCACUGAGAGUGUGAAUUAUCUCCGCAGUUGCUGGCAGUCGUGUCGGAGCUGGAACAGCAGGGUCUGAACAUCCUGGUCCUUGGCAGGAAGCACAUGCUACAACCUUCCCGGAACUGGGACAGACAAAACAUGAGCAAGAUCAAGCAGAAAGCCCACUGCUUCUUCACUGAGAACAUAUCUGAGGAUGACCCGUUUCUGCUGUAUGCUGCUUUGCACUCUGGCCUUCACUGUAACUUUCUUAGUCGUGAUCUGAUGAGAGAUCACAAAGCCUGUUUGUCAGACAGCGCAACCAGACGCCUCUUCUUCAAGUGGCAACGUGGCCAUCAAUUGGUGAUCAGUCAUUACGUCCCAGGAAAAAGAGUUCGAUUUCAGAGGAUCUCGGCUUAUGACACCAUCGCUCAGAUGUCUGGCAGCUCCUGGCACAUUCCUUAUGAUGAGAAUAGAGGAGAUAGAGCCACAUAUGAAGUUCCUCAGAAAUGGCUCUGCCUCACUCAAGACCAUUGAGGCUGGAGUUACUACUAGUGUGCUUG